GAAUAAUAAAAUAAUUGAUGCUCACAAAGCAGGAGAAGGCUACAAGAACAUAGCAAAGUGUUUUUCAGGUAGCUGUUUCCUCAGAUUGUAAUGUUAUUAAGAAAUGGCAGUUAACAGAAACAGUGGAGAUGAAGGUGAGGUCUGGAAGAUGAAGAAAAUGUUCAGAAAGAACUGCUCGUUGGAUUGCUAGAAAGGCGAAUAAAAAAAACCUGUUUGACUACAAAAGACCUUCAGAAAGAUUUAGCAGACCCUGGAGUGGUGGUGCACUGUUCUACUAUGCAGCGACACCUGAACAAAUAUGACCUUCAUGAAAGAGUCAUCAGAAGAAAACCGUUCCUGCGUCCGAGCCACAAAAUUCAGCGUCUGAAGUUUGCAAAUGAACAUCUAAAUAAGCCUGAUGCAUUUUGGAAACAAGUCCUGUGGACUGAUGAAAUCAAAAUAGAACUUUUUGGCCACAAUGUGCAAAGGUAUGUUUGGAGAAAAAAGGGUGCCAAAUUCCAGGAAAAGAACACCUCUCCAACUCUGAAGGAUGGGUGUGGAUCGAUCAUGCUUUGGGGUUGUGUUGCAGCCAGUGGCACAGGGCACAUUUCAUUGGUCGAGGGAAGCAUGGAUUCGAAUAAAUACCAGCAAACUCUGGAAGCAAACAUCACACCAUCUGUAAAAAAGUUGAAGUUAAAAAGAGGAUGGGUCCUACAAUAAGGCGAUGAUCCAAAACACACCUCAAAAUCUACAAUGGAAUACCUCAAGACGCACAAGCUGAAGGUUUUGCCCUGGCCCUCACAGUCCCCUGACGGAAACAUCAUUGAAAAUCUGUGGAUAGAUCUCAAAAAAGCAGUGCAUGCAAGACAGCCCAAGAAACUUGUAGAACUGGAAGCCUUUUGCAAGGACGAGUGUGUGAAAAUCCCCCAGAUCGAAAAGCCCAAGCCAAUCAAAUGUGGAACAUUUGGUGCAACAUCUCUCCAGCAGAGGCAUUUAGCCACAGGCGAUUUUGACGGCAACCUUCAUGUGUGGAAUCUUGAUGCAUCAGAGGUUCCAGUGUACUCUGUGAAAGGCCACAAAGAAAUAAUAAACAGCAUCGACGGAGUUGGAGGUUUAGGCAUCGGAGACGGCGCGCCAGAAAUUGUUACAGGGAGCCGAGACGGUACAGUUAAAGUGUGGGAUCCAAGGCAAAAAGACACACCUGUGGCGAACAUGGAGCCAGUGGAAGGAGAGACCAAGAGAGAUUGUUGGACUGUUGCAUUUGGUCACGCCUUUAACGAUCAGGACCGCUGUGUGUGUGCUGGUUAUGACAAUGGUGAUAUUAAGCUGUUCGAUCUCCGAAAUAUGUCUCUGCGAUGGGAAAAAAAUAUUAAAAAUGGCGUGUGCAGUGUUGAAUUUGACAGAAAAGAUAUCAAUAUGAACAAACUUGUGGCAACGUCUUUAGAGGGCAAAUUUCACGUCUUUGAUAUGAGGACUCAGCACCCGACCAAAGGCUUUGCAUCGGUUUCUGAAAAGGCCCACAAGUCUACAAUAUGGCAAGUGAGGCAUUUGCCCCAAAACCGAGACAUCUUCAUGACAGCAGGUGGCGCUGGGAACCUGCACUUAUGGAAAUAUGAGUACCCAGAGAAGAGGAGUGAGAAAGAUGGAGACGGAGUAGCCAGAGGAGUGGCUGGAACACUCACUCUCCUGCAGAACGCCACUCUGUCCACACAACCCAUCGCCAGCCUGGACUGGAGUCCUGACAAACAGGGUCUGUGUGUGUGUACUUCCUUUGACCAGUCUGUGCGAGUCCUCAUCGUUACCAAGCUGAACAGAGUAUGAGCUCACAGACUGCGACUCUGGGCCUCACUAUUGUUCCAAGCUCAUAUGUUUCCUCUAUGAACCAAAUGUGAACCUGAUUAUAUGCAAACAAACAUGUCAUUCAGUGUGAAUUAAUACGAACUUGAUUCUUCUCCGAAGUGGACCUGUGUCAUUCAUAUUCAAAAGCCAAGUGUUUCCCCUACCCUGAGUUUACUGGUUUUUGGGGGGUUGCUGGAUGAGGAUGGUCACCUGCAGGACCCCUCCCUGCGGCUCCUAUUACAGAGCAUUUGGACCUGAACAGACCGUUAAAGGAGUCAUACUUAAGUCUUUAGAACAAUUUUUACAAUAGAACUUGUUAAAAAAAAGUCACAAUAACAUUUUUCUUACAGUAGAACUUUAUAAGUACAACCCCGAUUCCAAAAAAGUUGGGACAAAGUACAAAUUGUAAAAAAAAAAAACGGAAUGCAAUGAUGUGGAAGGUUCAAAAUUCCAUAUUUUAUUCAGAAUAGAACAUAGAUGACAUAUCAAAUGUUUAAACUGAGAAAAUGUAUCAUUUAAAGAGAAAAAUUAGGUGAUUUUUUAAAUUUCAUGACAACACAUCUCAAAAAAGUUGGGACAAGGCCAUGUUUACCACUGUGAGACAUCCCCUUUUCUCUUUACAACAGUCUGUAAACGUCUGGGGACUGAGGAGACAAGUUGCUCAAGUUUAGGGAUAGGAAUGUUAACCCAUUCUUGUCUAAUGUAGGAUUCUGGUUGCUCAACUGUCUUAGGUCUUUUUUGUCAUAUCUUCCAUUUUAUGAUGCGCCAAAUGUUUUCUAUGGGUGAAAGAUCUGGACUGCAGGCUGGCCAGUUCAGUACCCGGACCCUUCUUCUACGCAGCCAUGAUGCUGUAAUUGAUGCAGUAUGUGGUUUGGCAUUGUCAUGUUGGAAAAUGCAAGGUCUUCCCUGAAAGAGACGUCGUCUGGGUGGGAGCAUAUGUUGCUCUAGAACCUGGAUAUACCUUUCAGCAUUGAUGGGGUCUUUCCAGAUGUGUAAGCUGCCCAUGCCACACGCACUAAUGCAACCCCAUACCAUCAGAGAUGCAGGCUUCUGAACUGAGCGCUGAUAACAACUUGGGUCGUCCUUCUCCUCUUUAGUCCGAAUGACACGGCGUCCCUGAUUUCCAUAAAGAACUUCAAAUUUUGAUUCGUCUGACCACAGAACAGUUUUCCACUUUGCCACAGUCCAUUUUAAAUGAGCCUUGGCCCAGAGAAGACGUCUGCGCUUCUGGAUCAUGUUUAGAUACGGCUUCUUCUUUGAACUAGAGUUUUAGCUGGCAACGGCGGAUGGCACGGUGAAUUGUGUUCACAGAUAAUGUUCUCUGGAAAUAUUCCUGAGCCCAUUUUGUGAUUUCCAAUACAGAAGCAUGCCUGUAUGUGAUGCAGUGCCGUCUAAGGACCCGAAGAUCACGGGCACCCAGUAUGGUUUUCCGGCCUUGACCCUUACGCACAGAGAUUCUUCCAGAUUCUCUGAAUCUUUUGAUGAUAUUAUGCACUGUAGAUGAUGAUAUGUUCAAACUCUUUGCAAUUUGACACUGUCGAACUCCUUUCUGAUAUUGCUCCACUAUUUGUCGGCGCAGAAUUAGGGGGAUUGGUGAUCCUCUUCCCAUCUUUACUUCUGAGAGCUGCUGCCACUCCAAGAUGCUCUUUUUAUACCCAGUCAUGUUAAUGGCCUAUUGCCAAUUGACCUAAUGAGUUGCAAUUUGGUCCUCCAGCUGUUCCUUUUUUGUACCUUUAACUUUUCCAGCCUCUUAUUGCCCCUGUCCCAACUUUUUUGAGAUGUGUUGCUGUCAUGAAAUUUCAAAUGAGCCAAUAUUUGGCAUGAAAUUUGAAAAUGUCUCACUUUCGACAUUUGAUAUGUUGUCUAUGUUCUAUUGUGAAUACAAUAUCAGUUUUUGAGAUUUGUAAAUUAUUGCAUUCCGUUUUUAUUAACAAUUUGUACUUUGUCCCAACUUUUUUGGAAUCGGGGUUGUAGUUAACUUGAAGAUGUUUACUAAGUGAUCUCAUAUUCCAACAUGAUCUCACAAAGAAUAUUCAUAACAUAACAGUAGCUAACUUAGUGUGUUGGAAGACAUCACACACUUUUUUUUUUUUUUAAAUGCAUGUCUGCCAUCUUUUGCUGUUUGGGGGGGGUCUGACGUUGCCAACUAUUGUUUGAAUCAAAUCAUUUGAAUCGUUUUUGACCGCACGAGAGGAGAGCAAAGUGGACAGGGAACCAGCACUGAACUCUAUAUAAAAUCUGGAGAUCUCAGAGCCCAUUCCCCGAUGUAAAGACGAGUGAAACCAUCUGGCCGCCAUAUUACCACUCCCAUUGUGUGUAUAUGGCUUGUGUGUUAAACCGUGGUAUCCGAUCAAAUUUACCCCAAGAAAAGUAUCUCCUGACCUUCCCCCCCCCUUACUUCUUAUUUUCUCGACUUUACCCCCAUUCCUUACACAUCUUUUAUAGCGCUCCCUGUCACUGUUAGGUUUUUUUUUUUCCCUUUUCCAGUUCAGUCUCUGAUCCUUUUUUUUUUUGAAUGGUUCAGAUUAUUUCAGUUUUUCUCAUACAGUCUACCUUUCCUUCCUUCCUUCCAUCCAUUAUCUGUAGCCGCUUAUCCUAUUAUACAGGGUCGUGGGCAAGCUGGAGGUAGACACACGUGUAGUUGACAAACAACCACUCACAUUCACACCUACGUUCAAUUUAGAGCCACCAGUUAGCCUAACCUGCAUUUCUUUGGACUGUGGGGGAAACAGGGAGAACAUGCAAACUCCACACAAAGGCCCUCAUCGGUUGCUGGGCUCGAACCCAGAACCUUCUUGUUGUGAGGCGACAGUGCUAACCACUACACCACCAUGCUGCCCCUAGUGUACCUUUCUCUUUCAUAUAUUUCUUCUUCCUUUAUAUAUAAUCUUAAUACUCCCAGGUGAAAUAUCCGUUUACGAUCUUUGACCGGACGAUUUGUACAGUUCACUGUUACACAUGUAGGCAUUUUUCUUCUAAUUUUUCUCACCAACUACAGAAAUAACUUAUCCAAUUUUGUGUAGCUUCCACUAGUCUAAAUCAGAGCUACUCAACCUUUUCUACUUCAAGACCCACCUAUUCAGACUUGUAACGAGUCAGGCCCAUUAAAAAAUAUCUCCAAUUAUUUUGGCUUCUUUCUUCUAUUAGAAUCUAAUAAUCUACUGUAAAGUGUAUUAAUGGGAUGGGACAUCACUCCCUGUUACAGACGGGAGCCCAGGAAUUAAAUAAAUGCAAGAAAAGCAAGCUGUUUGUAACUGUAGGUAUUGUAUUUAAAACUGUAUGGAUGUGCCAGAAGCCAAACCAUGCAUGCAGGACAUUCUCAGCCAAAAGGGAUUAAUGAUCCAAAAGUGGAGUCUGGUCCAUUAACACAAGAACUUAUUGCCAUGUUUGUGUUCAGCAAACAAGCAAGUUAUUAAAACCAAGAAGUGGAUAUAGAAACCACUCAAUGCGAUUAGAUCCUUACACGCUAACAAAGAAGGACUUUUCCUACGAGUUGGAAAAUUAUCCAUCUAAGUUCCCUGACAUCUCAAACUACCUGGUGCUGCAGACAUCGUUCUACACUACACGGACAAACCGAUGAAAACCUGGAGAGCAUGGAGGAGAACAACUUUUUAUACACGGCUGGGUUAAAGAUCUGGGGAUCAGGACACCACAAGAUCGAUGGUGGUAGACAGAUCUAAGUGCAGGGAGAGUGUUUAUUAUCAGGCAUGAUAUUUACAAAAGCAGAAUCAUAAAGCAGAGUAUUUAAACCAUUAUAAACAUGGCUAGAAACAAACAUGACAGUGAUAAUUGAUGAUACUUCGCAAAGCCUCUGUGAAAAUUGUCUCUGUAUCUGCGUGCCAGACUCAAGCGCACAAAGGCGUGACCGUCAAGUCACCUACUGUGUGACCACAAGUUUUAGCUCACUUGUAUAUCACCAUCAAAAUGCCUCAUUUUCAUCGAUAACCCAUUGCAAAGCAUCGUGAGCUGUAGCGUGACCGUAGCUUAAUGAGGCACGUGACAUCGGAUGCAACCCAGCAAUCGCACCCUACUACGAGUAAAAAAUUAACUUCAACUUGAAAAAAAAAUUUGCAGCCCACUUGAUGGCGAGUGGGCUGCGCCCCAGUGGCUGAGGUGGUGUUUACAUUAGACCGUAUCCGGCUCGUUUUCGUCGCGGGUGCACUGUCCGUUCACAUUAAAACGCCGGGAAACUACUCCACAGGCGGAACAACUUGAAUCCGCCAGGGCCCACGUAUUCAACCCAGUUCGUAUCUGAUCCGGUGCUGUGUAAACAUUGAGAUACGAGGAAACGCAGUGCUGAGCUCUAGCUGACGUCGUCAUUGGACAACGUCACUGUGACAUCCACCUUCCUGAUUCGCUGGCGUUGUUCAUGCCACGUUGGUCAUGUGACGCGACUGCUGAAAAACGGCGCAGACUUCAUUUCCUGCUAUUGUUUCCGCCUUGUAUCACCUUUUUGUUUUUCAUUAAAGAGUAUAAAAGUAUGAAUAUAAUGCUUUGCUUUGUCAUUCUUAAUGUUGUUCAUGGUAAGAUGCAAAUACUGCCCAUUGUGUAGUUAUGAUUGUCUUUAGGCUUGCCAUCCUUCCACUUGCAAGUGGUGAGUGACUUGCGCAUGCCCGAUAUGCACUUGGAUCUCACACACAGCGGCUCAGUCCCGAAUCACUGCUCAUGCGCUUCACUCGCGCGCUCUGUGAGCUGCGCAGGGCCGGAGUGCGCACCCUCCACUCGCUGUUCAGGGCGGAGUGAUUUGGAGCACAGCCGCUGAGGAGGAAGCGCUGAGCCGCACUGACACAUUUCAACUUGCGUGCCGUCUAAUUAGUCAUGUGAUUAGCGUAUCCGUGUAUUGGCAUUGCUGUGUGCACGCGAAUCGUUUUAAAAACGUUAAUCUGAUGAUCCGCUGAUACGGUCUAAUGUAAACACCACCUGAGAAACACUGGUCUAAAUGACAGUUCCAGCCGGCUGGCUUCACUCUGACAAGCCUAUGAGCUCUCCAGGUUUUAUAUAGAGCAGCAGUUUGAGCGGGGAAUGUUUCUGCAUGGUCCUAGUGCCUGCACCCUGUCCUGAUUUUGAGCAGGCACUCUUUCCGCAUGGUCCUAGUGCCUGCAUUUCUAUUUUUUUUCCCCCCAGCCUUUAAAAUGUCUGUGGGGGUGGGGGGGACACACUGUGAAAUGUUUUACCUAAUAAACAAUUUUUUGAUCCCAGAA